UCAGCGGGCUGCGAGAUCGAGGCUGGUCCGCAGCCGCGCGGGGCUGAGCGUCCCAUUCAUGCUGGGCAGCGGCGACGCGGCCACGCGACGGAGCCCGGGUACGGCGGUGGCCUCGGCCUGUGCGGCUUGGGCGGCCCCGCGGCUGAGCGGGCGGCGGCAGUGGGACGCGGCAAUGGCCUUCGGCGGGGCAUGCCCGGGGGCAGCCGGGAUGAAGCUCCUGGCCCCGUGAUGUACAUCUCUGGAGGACCUGAGCACCGAGGCCUAAGGCCCGGGCCUGCCAUGCCACUGCUACGUUUGAGCCUGUGGCUGCUCUUUAUGCUGUUACUGUUGCUGGGGAUUAUUCGGGCAGUUGCGGGUGCCACUAGGGCAGGCAGGGGUUUGCAGCCUGUUUUCCGCACCUUCUCAGCCAGCGACUGGGGCCUUACCCACCUAGUGGUCCAUGAGCAGACAGGUGAUGUGUAUGUGGGUGCGGUGAACCGCAUCUACAAGUUGUCGGGGAACCUGACACUGCUGCGGGCUCAUGUGACAGGCCCUGUGGAGGACAAUGAGAAGUGUUACCCACCACCCAGUGUGCAAUCAUGCCCACAUGGCCUGGGCAGCACUGACAAUGUCAACAAGUUGCUGCUUUUGGACUAUGCUGCUAACCGCCUGCUAGCCUGUGGCAGUGCCUCCCAGGGCAUCUGUCAGUUUCUGCGGCUGGAUGACCUCUUUAAGCUGGGUGAACCACACCACCGCAAGGAGCACUACCUGUCCAGUGUGCGUGAGGCUGGCAGCAUGGCAGGUGUGCUAAUUGCUGGGCCGCCAGGCCAGGCCCAGGCCAAGCUCUUCGUGGGCACACCCAUUGAUGGCAAGUCCGAAUACUUCCCCACUCUGUCCAGCCGCCGACUCAUGGCCAAUGAGGAGGAUGCGGACAUGUUCAGCUUUGUGUACCAGGAUGAGUUUGUGUCAUCACAGCUCAAGAUCCCUUCGGACACACUGUCCAAGUUCCCAGCCUUUGACAUCUACUAUGUGUACAGCUUCCGCAGUGAGCAAUUUGUGUACUACCUCACUCUGCAGCUGGACACACAGCUGACCUCUCCUGAUGCUGCUGGCGAGCACUUCUUCACUUCCAAGAUUGUGCGGCUGUGUGUCAAUGACCCCAAGUUCUACUCGUAUGUUGAGUUCCCCAUCGGCUGUGAGCAGGCAGGGGUGGAGUACCGCCUGGUGCAGGACGCCUAUCUGAGCAGGCCUGGCAGUGCUCUGGCCCACCAGCUGGGCCUGGCUGAUGAUGAGGAUGUGCUCUUCACCGUGUUCGCUCAGGGCCAGAAGAACCGGGUGAAGCCACCUAAGGAAUCAGUGCUGUGCCUGUUUACACUUAGAGCCAUCAAGGAGAAGAUCAAGGAGCGUAUCCAGUCCUGCUACCGUGGUGAAGGCAAGCUCUCACUGCCCUGGCUGCUCAACAAGGAGCUGGGCUGCAUCAAUUCGCCCCUACAGAUCGACGAUGACUUCUGCGGACAGGACUUCAACCAGCCCCUGGGGGGCACGAUUACUAUUGAGGGCAUGCCUCUGUUUGUGGACAAGGAGGAUGGUCUGACUGCCGUGGCUGCUUAUGACUACCGGGGCCACACUGUGGUGUUCACUGGCACGCGAAGUGGCCACAUCCGAAAGAUCCUGGUGGACCCGGCCAACCCCAGCGGCUGGCCAGCCCUGGCCUAUGAAAGUGUGGUGGCCCAAGAGGGUAGCCCUAUCCUUCGUGACCUGGUCCUCAGCCCCGAUCGCCAGUACCUCUACGCCAUGACAGAAAAGCAGGUGACACGAGUGCCAGUGGAAAGCUGUGUGCAGUACACAUCAUGUGAGCUGUGCCUGGGCUCUCGGGACCCUCACUGCGGUUGGUGUAUUCUACAUAGCAUCUGCUCCCGUCGGGACACCUGCGAGCGGGCAGAUGAGCCUCAGCGCUUUGCCUCAGAUCUGCUGCAGUGUGUACAGCUGACUGUGCAGCCUCGAAACGUCUCUGUCACCAUGUCCCAGGUCCCGCUUGUGCUGCAGGCCUGGAAUGUGCCCGACCUCUCAGCUGGUGUCAACUGCUCCUUCGAGGACUUCACUGAGUCUGAAAGCAUCCUGGAGGAUGGCCGCAUCCACUGCUACUCACCUUCUUCUGAGGAGGUGGCACCUAUCACUCUUGGCCAGGGAGACCAGCGGGUGGUGAAACUCUACCUGAAAUCUAAGGAGACAGGCAAGAAGUUUGCAUCCGUGGACUUUGUCUUCUACAACUGCAGUGUGCACCAGUCCUGUCUGUCAUGUGUGAAUGGCUCCUUCCCCUGCCAUUGGUGCAAAUACCGCCACGUAUGUACACACAAUGCUGCCGACUGUGCCUUCCUGGAGGGCCGCGUCAACAUGUCUGAGCUGAAGCCUUGUCACUCCCAGGACUGCCCGCAGAUCCUGCCCUCCACCCAGAUCUACGUGCCAGUGGGUGUGGUGAAGCCUAUCACCCUCACUGCCCGGAACCUGCCACAGCCACAGUCCGGCCAGCGUGGAUACGAGUGUCUCUUUCAUAUCCCGGGAAGCCCAGCCCGUGUCACUGCCCUGCGCUUCAACAGCUCUAGCCUGCAGUGUCAAAACUCCUCGUACUCUUACGAGGGCAAUGACAUCAGCGACCUGCCUGUGAACCUGUCGGUGGUGUGGAAUGGCAACUUCAUCAUUGAUAACCCUCAGAACAUCCAGGCCCACCUCUACAAGUGCCCAGCUCUGCGGGAGAGCUGUGGCCUCUGUCUCAAAGCUGACCCUCAAUUUGAGUGCGGCUGGUGCGUUGCCGAGCGCCGCUGCUCCCUGCGCCCCCACUGCCUUGCUGACUCACCUGCCACCUGGAUGCAUGCCCACCAUGGCAGUAGCCGUUGUGCUGACCCCAAGAUCUUCAAGCUGUCCCCAGAGACUGGUCCACGGCAAGGAGGCACGAGGCUCACAAUCAUGGGUGAGAACCUGGGCCUGCGCUUCGAGGACGUGCGGCUGGGUGUGCGUGUGGGCAAGGUGUUGUGCAGCCCUGUGGAGAGCGAGUACAUCAGCGCUGAGCAGAUCGUCUGUGAGAUUGGAGAUGCCAGCACACUGCGAGCCCAUGACGCCCUGGUGGAGGUGUGCGUGCGGGACUGCUCCCCCCAGUUUCGGGCCCUGUCACCCAAACGCUUCACCUUUGUGACUCCAACCUUCUACCGUGUGAGCCCUGCCCGGGGACCUCUUUCAGGGGGCACGUGGAUUGGCAUUGAGGGCAGCCAUCUAAAUGCAGGCAGUGAUGUGGCCGUGUUUGUUGGUGGCCGGCCUUGCUCCUUCUCCUGGAGGAAUUCCCGAGAGAUCCGGUGUCUGACACCCCCCGGGCAGAGCCCUGGUAGUGCCCCCAUCAUCAUCAACAUCAACCGUGCUCAGCUUACCAACCCCGAGGUGAAGUACAACUAUACCGAGGACCCCACCAUUCUGAAGAUUGAUCCUGAGUGGAGCAUCAACAGUGGAGGGACACUCCUAACAGUCACAGGCACCAACCUGGCCACCAUCCGAGAACCCCGUAUCCGGGCCAAGUACGGAGGUGUCGAAAGGGAGAACAGCUGCCUGGUAUACAACGAUACCACCAUGGUGUGCCGGGCCCCAUCAGUGGACAAUCCCUCCCGCACCCCACCUGAGCUGGGGGAGCGGCCUGAAGAGCUGGGCUUUAUCAUGGAUGACGUUCGUGCCCUGCUUGUGCUCAACACCUCCUCGUUCCUCUAUUUUCCUGACCCUGUGCUGGAGCCACUCAGCCCCACUGGCCUCCUGGAGCUGAAACCCAGCUCCCCUCUCAUCCUCAAGGGGCGGAAUCUCUUGCCACCGGCACCUGGCAACUUGAGGCUCAACUACACGGUGCUCAUCGGCUCUACGCCCUGCACUCUCACAGUGUCAGAGACACAGCUGCUAUGCGAGUCACCCAACCUCACAGGGCAGCACAAGGUCACGGUUCGGGCUGGUGGCUUCGAGUUCUCGCCGGGCAUGCUGCAGGUGUACUCAGACAGCCUGCUGACCUUGCCCGCCAUUGUGGGCAUCGGUGGGGGCGGGGGCCUCCUGCUGCUGGUCAUCGUGGUCGUGCUCAUCGCUUAUAAGCGCAAGUCACGAGAUGCCGACCGCACCCUCAAGCGGCUGCAGCUCCAGAUGGACAACCUGGAGUCCCGUGUGGCCCUUGAAUGCAAGGAAGCUUUUGCAGAGCUGCAGACAGACAUCCAUGAGCUGACCAACGACCUGGAUGGUGCUGGCAUCCCCUUCCUCGACUACAGGACGUACGCCAUGCGGGUGCUCUUCCCAGGGAUUGAGGACCAUCCAGUGCUCAAGGAAAUGGAGGUGCAGGCCAAUGUGGAGAAAUCACUGACUUUGUUUGGUCAGCUGUUGACAAAGAAGCACUUCCUGCUGACCUUUAUCCGCACACUGGAGGCCCAGCGCAGCUUCUCUAUGCGUGACCGUGGGAAUGUGGCCUCACUCAUCAUGACGGCUCUGCAGGGUGAGAUGGAGUAUGCCACAGGCGUGCUCAAGCAGCUGCUGUCUGACCUCAUUGAGAAGAACCUGGAGAGCAAAAACCACCCCAAGCUGUUGCUGCGGCGGACCGAGUCAGUGGCAGAGAAGAUGCUGACCAACUGGUUCACCUUCCUUUUGUACAAAUUUCUCAAGGAGUGUGCAGGGGAGCCUCUCUUCAUGCUGUACUGUGCCAUCAAGCAGCAGAUGGAGAAGGGCCCCAUUGAUGCCAUCACGGGCGAGGCACGCUACUCCCUGAGCGAGGACAAGUUGAUCCGGCAGCAGAUAGACUACAAGAUGCUGACCCUGAACUGUGUGAACCCUGAGAACGAGAAUGCGCCUGAGGUGCCAGUGAAGGGACUAAACUGUGACACAGUGACACAAGUCAAGGAGAAGCUGCUGGAUGCUGUGUACAAGGGUGUGCCCUACUCCCAGCGGCCCAAGGCUGGGGACAUGGACCUGGAGUGGCGUCAGGGCCGCAUGGCACGAAUCAUCCUGCAGGACGAGGAUGUCACCACCAAGAUUGACAAUGACUGGAAGAGGCUGAAUACUCUGGCUCACUAUCAGGUGACGGAUGGGUCCUUGGUGGCGCUGGUGCCCAAGCAGACGUCCGCCUACAACAUCUCUAACUCAUCCACCUUUACCAAGUCCCUCAGCAGAUAUGAGAGCAUGCUACGCACAGCUAGCAGCCCUGACAGCCUGCGCUCGCGCACACCUAUGAUCACACCUGACCUGGAGAGCGGCACCAAGCUGUGGCAUCUGGUGAAGAACCACGACCACCUGGACCAGCGGGAGGGCGACCGCGGCAGCAAGAUGGUCUCAGAGAUAUACCUGACACGGUUGCUAGCCACCAAGGGCACACUGCAGAAAUUUGUGGAUGACCUGUUUGAGACCAUCUUUAGCACGGCACACCGGGGCUCAGCCCUGCCUCUGGCCAUCAAGUACAUGUUUGAUUUCCUGGACGAGCAGGCUGACCAGCACCAGAUACACGACUCAGAUGUGCGCCACACCUGGAAGAGCAACUGCCUGCCCUUGCGCUUCUGGGUGAAUGUGAUCAAGAACCCACAGUUUGUGUUCGACAUCCAUAAGAGCAGUAUCACUGAUGCCUGCCUGUCGGUGGUGGCCCAGACCUUUAUGGACUCCUGUUCCACGUCUGAGCACAAGUUGGGCAAGGACUCACCUUCCAACAAACUACUUUAUGCCAAGGACAUCCCCAACUAUAAGAGCUGGGUGGAGAGGUACUAUGCUGAUAUUGCCAAGAUGCCUGCCAUCAGUGACCAGGAUAUGAGUGCGUACUUGGCUGAACAGUCUCGGCUGCACCUGAGCCAGUUCAACAGCAUGAGCGCCUUGCACGAGAUCUACUCCUAUAUCACCAAGUACAAGGAUGAGAUCCUGACAGCCCUGGAGAAGGAUGAGCAAGCUCGUCGACAGCGGCUCCGGAGCAAGCUGGAGCAAGUGGUGGACACAAUGGCCCUAAGCAGCUGAGCCUCUUGGCUGCCACUGUCCAGCGGGAGAUUAGUGAAAGGGCCUGCAGGGGUGGCCUCCAACCCGACAGCCAAAGCUGGGAGGUCCCUGGAGGCAGCCUUCUCCCGUGUGUGCUGGGUGCCUAUGUGCUCAGGGCAGACGUGCAAGCCACUGUCCUCCUGGCCCUCCCUUCCCCCUGGCAGAGAUCCUGGUUGUUACUGGUGUAGGUGAAACAGUACCUGCAGCACCCUCCAUGCCCAGAGCUUUUGGCCACAGGGCAGGGAGAUCCCAGGUGGAGCCUUCUCAGGUGACUCAGGUGACUGCUGAAGACCUGGGGAGAAAGGCUGAGCCCUCCAGAAGGGGAGAUUCCAGUUUGGUUGUCUCCUUGAGGCUAUGCUGGCAAGGCCAGAAGAGCCAGGAUGAGGAUUUGGGAGGGGGUCAGCCUUCCUAGCUUCCCUGGCAGAGUCUAAGGGCUGAGGCCUGUCUGGCAGCCUGGGGGAGGCUGAAUACUAGGCCUGGCCAAGGUGAGCCGAAGUUAGUCUGGGCCAUUGCCACUCGCCUGCCACCCUCAUGCUUGCUGCUGCAGCACGCUACCAUCCUCUGAUUCACCGCGUGCUCUGUGGUGGAGGCAGGAGCACCUUGCCCAGGGAGAGGCCCCCAGCUCCCUCCUAUGGAGGGUCUGCAGGAAGGCUGUGCUCACAGCUCCCAAGUGUCUUUCAGAAGGACUCAGCGACUCCCUUUGUGUCCUCAGGGCUAUGUCUCUGGGAGCCACUGGGGCCUGGCGCUCCAGUCAUGAGUACACAUUCCCAUUAUUUAUUCCUCCACUGCAUCCGCUCUGGGCAAGCUCUCCAGUAUGGAGCUCCAGGGAGCAGCCCCAACCAUCCUUUUCCCUCCUUCCAUCUCAGUCUCCCCUGUUCUCCAUUUCUACCUUCCAGCGGCUUUCAGUCUGGCAUCUCAGCUGCGUGUUGGCCCCUCAAGUGCAAUGGGACAUCUGGAGACUGUUUUCUGUUCUUUUAGGGGAACAAAGAAAUCCUGCUGCACUCUGCUGGGCCUGGUGGGUCAUACUCUACGGCCUGACAGGGAGCAGGACACAGUGACCAGAGGGCUUGAUGGUUGGCUCUGUCCACCCUGCCCUCAGUGAGCAAGAGAGAACAAAUUUUUAACGAAAACAAAACCUGUACAUUAUUUUGUGUGUGUGUGUGUGUGUGUGUGUGUGUGUGUGUGUGUGUGUGUGUCUCCAGCCUCAGUCUCCAACCCCAGUGGGGUCUUGUAUAGUUGACUGGAGGAGGAGAAAUUUUACAAUUUAGAAUAAGAAAACUAAGGCAGUGGGAAAGCAAUACCAAAUGGUCGUGAAGCAAGUGGCCAUUUUCCUUCAGCAGAACACCCCAGGCCUCCGCCCCUUGAACUGCGGUUUGUCCGGUUAUUUGUUUUGAUGUAAAAAGGAGAGAACUUCUCUCAGUGCGGACCCCCCUUCCCCAUUUCCAGGGCGAAGGGUUGUGAGUUUCUGCAUGACUGUGCUAGCGUUAAGUCUGACUUGAUCUUUUUUAAAACUGCAAGUGUUGAAUACUAGAGGUUGCUAGACACUUUUUAAAUGUUUUUUAAUUAAUCAGUCACUUGUGAAAGCAGACAAGUGCCCCCCCCCCUUCAAGUUCACUUUUUCGAUGGUACUAAAGAUUCCCACAGACCUUAAGGGACAGCUAACUGUGGAUCUUGAGGUCCCCUCUCCUAAGCCGGGGAGCCAAGUUGCACACCUUGGAGAUCAGAUUAAGGGCUGCCCCCUCACUUGUGAAAUCUAAGAACUCCUGACUUGAGAGGCUUCUGAAAUGGAAGGGGUUGGGCAAUGAACAAGGCUCCAGUCUCCUGCUGUGAAUGACUAGCUGUAGCUCUGGCAAGCCCUGCUGACCUCAGUGCAGCUUGGGUGGGCUUGUGCCUGGGCCAACUUGUGGGGCCAGAGCUGAGGCCGUUCUAGAAAUUAGGCUGUCUUUUUGGUAACCACUUCUCUGGCCUGAAUUCCAGUCCCUGGGUGCACCUCUGCCUCCCCUCUAAUGCUACCUGCCUGUGCCUGGGUGUGGCCUCAGGUUUCCUCCAGUCUUCCCUGGGCACUGGUUUCUAAUUGAAGCCCUGUUCUUCCAGUUCCACACUGAGUUUGGGACUCCUCCACCCCUCUCUGCCCUUUUCAGAGUCCAGUCCCCACCCUCCUCCCUGAGGCCUCCCAGCCUGUAGAACACCAUCUGUGCUCUCCUGAGGAGGAGGGGAGUGGCCUACCACAAGGCACACACCUGUCUGGGGGCAAGCACUUUAGCAAUAUCUGUUUACAUGUGAGCUGAUCCAGCCAAUUCUAAACCUGCUGUCUACCCAGUGCUGGAGAUUCCGCACUUCCCUUCCUGCCAGGUUGUGUAGUUAAGCCUUGAGUUCUUGCCACUUGUUCACGCAGUUCUCCCAGCUCUGUAAGCAUUCCCAGGAACCCCACCAUCAUCUUGGGAUCUGCCAGGGGCUCUGACUUGAGUUCUAGCACUGGCCUGAGAGGGUGUGGGGCCCUACCUAGCAGGAGCCUGGGAAUGGAGUCCUCUGCAGUGAAGGUGGAUGUGACUAUCCUAAAGGCCCCUCUGCAGUCUCAGGCCCAGGGGUCUGGGCCACGGCACAGGGUGCUGUCCAGGAACAUCCCUCCUGUCCCAAACACUGCUGCUAUGUCCUGUCCUGCCUCAGGCCUCCCCUUCCAACCUUCCUCGUCUCAGGAGUUCCCCAGGGAUGGCUCAUGCCUUGGUCUGGGAACUGGGCCUCUCCAUAUACCUCGAACUUACCCUGUGCUCCCUGACCCAGGGCAGAGCUGCCGGGGUCACCCCAUGGUGGAGGGCCCCAAAUGUUCCCACCCUCCCUGGUUUGAUCUUGCUGAGAGCCUCCACCUUGGUUUUCCUCUCAGUUCUGGAUGUGAUGGCUCAUGUUGGUGCUACACAAGCUAGAAUAGAUAUAUUUACAGAGAGAUAUUUUUAAGAUGAAGCCCACAGUUAGCUGUCCUUUAAUGCCACAGGGCCCCCAUUCAAAAGAAGAGUAAUCUCUAGGCUAGCCUGACCCACCCCAUGCCACUUCCUCUCCCAGGAGCGAUGUGACUGAUGGGGUGCUCAGCCCACAGAUUGUGUAAAUACAUGGCCAUUUCCUAUUUUACUGUUCUUCAGAUUUAGUACUUGUAAAUACACACAUUAAGGAGAGAUUAAACAUUUUUUUCCUAAA